AGAAUUUUCUGACAUCUCGGAUUUGCACUCUGCGGAAAAAAUGGGUGUAGGAACAAGCACCUUUGUCACUAGAUGGAUAAACUUUCUCACCAUGCUUUUAGCGAUUGGUGUCAUAAUAUUUGGGGUGUGGAUGAGCACUCGUCAUGAUGGUUGCCGAAAGUCUCUCACUGUGCCUAUGCUAACCCUCGGAGCAGUUAUUUUCUUAAUAUCCAUAGUGGGAUUUUUGGGUGCCCUGAAAAACAGCUCCAUACUGUUAUGGGUUUAUCUGAUCCUGCUGUUCUUCGUCUUGGUUGGAAUCCUUGUCUUCACAGUAUUGGUGUUCAUCGUGACUAAUAAUGGAUCAGGUCAUAGCGUGACUGGCUUGAGGUACAAGGAGUAUAAACUUCAAGAUUAUAGCUCUUGGUUUCUCAAGGAGUUAAACAAUUCUCACAACUGGGAGCGAUUGAGGGGUUGUCUUGUCAGAUCUGAAGACUGCAAUAACCUAUCUAAAAAAUAUAUGACUCUUAAACAAUAUAAAUCAGCUAAAUUGUCCGCAAUUGAGGCUGGCUGCUGCCGACCACCUUCCCAAUGUGGAUAUCCUGCUGUAAAUGCAUCCUACUAUGACUUGACCUUUCAUCCAGUUAGCACUAACAAAGACUGCAAGCGGUACAAAAAUUCUCGGGCCAUCAAAUGCUAUGAUUGUGAUUCUUGCAAGGCUGGCGUGGCACAAUACAUGAAAACCGAAUGGAGGGUUGUUGCAAUAUUUAAUGUUGUCUUAUUUGUUUUCUUGUCUAUUAUAUACUUUGUGGGAUGCUGUGCCAGACGAAAUGCUGCCAGGAGCCAUUCUAAGGGUUGAAGGGAACAUAUAUUCUUCCGUUAACUGGUUUUUUAAUAUCUUGAAGAGGAAAAGACAGUUCAAUGUCUGCCGCCAGUGAUUAACUAACCGAAUUCAUGUUAUUUUUAGGACCUCUUGUCAAUGAAUUGUGU